AUGGCCGAUCUCCAGGGACGCAAGGUCUUCAAGGUCUUCAACCAAGACUUCAUUGUCGACGAGAGAUACACUGUGACCAAGGAGCUGGGACAAGGUGCCUAUGGCAUUGUCUGUGCCGCCGUGAACAACCAGACGAGCGAGGGCGUUGCCAUUAAGAAGGUCACCAAUGUAUUCAGCAAGAAGAUUCUCGCCAAGCGGGCGCUGCGAGAGAUUAAAUUGCUGCAGCACUUCCGCGGCCACCGCAAUAUUACAUGUCUGUAUGACAUGGACAUUCCUCGCCCCGACACAUUUAACGAGACGUACCUCUAUGAAGAAUUGAUGGAGUGUGACCUGGCGGCCAUCAUCAGAUCUGGCCAGCCCCUAACCGACGCCCAUUUCCAAUCUUUUAUUUACCAAAUCCUCUGCGGCCUCAAGUAUAUCCAUUCAGCCAACGUGCUGCACCGUGACUUGAAGCCGGGCAAUUUGCUGGUCAACGCCGACUGCGAGCUCAAGAUUUGUGACUUUGGCCUUGCUCGUGGCUUCUCGGUCGACCCAGAAGAGAAUGCUGGAUACAUGACGGAAUACGUUGCCACUAGAUGGUAUCGAGCACCAGAGAUCAUGUUGAGCUUCCAGAGCUAUACCAAGGCCAUCGAUGUCUGGUCAGUUGGCUGUAUCCUGGCCGAACUCCUCGGCGGACGACCCUUCUUCAAGGGCCGCGACUACGUCGACCAGCUGAACCAGAUUCUGCACAUCCUGGGAACGCCCAACGAGGAGACGCUCGCCCGCAUCGGCUCGCCCCGCGCACAGGAAUACGUCCGAAACCUCCCCUUCAUGCCAAAGAAGUCAUUCCCCGGCCUCUUCCCCCAGGCCAACCCUGACGCUCUCGAUCUCCUCGACAAGAUGCUCACCUUUGACCCGUCUUCCCGCAUCAGCGUGGAGCAGGCCCUGGAGCACCCCUAUCUUCACAUCUGGCACGACGCCUCAGACGAGCCCGACUGCCCCACCACGUUCAACUUUGAUUUUGAAGUCAUUGACGACGUCGGGGAGAUGCGCCGCGUGAUUCUCGAUGAAGUCAUGCGCUUCCGACAGUUGGUCAGAACCGUGCCCGGCUCAAACUCCAUGGCUGGCCAGGGCCAACCGUCGGCACCGGCACAGAUUCCCAUGCCCCAGGCGGGCGGUCAAUGGACGGCAGAGGACCCGAGGCCGCAGGAGUAUGUUGCCCACGGAAACGGGCUCGAGCAGGACCUCCAAGCGGGCCUGGAUGCAUCUAGGAGGUAA